AUGAGAAUAGUCAGGUACAAGCGCCUCUCUGCUUUUGUGGAUUCCCUCUUUUCUUCUCAAACUCUUGAUUUUUUUUGUCGGAUCUAUGUAGUUGGAUCCGUCAAGCGACAGGAUGCACCGGUUGUGGCGGCUGCAGUGGCAGCUCCUGUUUGUCCCCGGGGGCGACUAAUGCUGGCACGGUCGUGCCGUGCCUUGGAGCCUACCAAGAGAGAUGAUUCGACCGUCCACGCCGCAAUGGCGGUGGAAGCGUCCGACACCACGAUGGGAGAGGAAGACACCGUCAAUUAUGAGAAGCUGGGUAAGGAGCUCGAGAUCGCUUCGCCACUGGAGAUCAUAGAUCGGGCUCUGGAGAUGUUCGACAAUGAAAUCAUUAUUCUCGUCUUUCAAACCUUUAGACGGAAGAUUGUAACUGACACGGGAGUUUUUUGGAACAGCGGAGCAAAGGAUGUAGCUUUGAUAGAAUAUGCAAAAUUAACUGGUCGACCAUUUAGAGCCUUCAACCUUGAUACUGGGAGGCUAAAUCCUGAGACAUACAAGUUCUUUGAUACUGUAGAGAAGCACUAUGGGAUCAACAUCAAGCACAUGUUUCCUGAUGCAAGGGAAGUACACACCCUUGUUAGAAGCAAAGGCCUCUUCUCCUUUUCCAAGAUGGGUACCGGGAAUGCUGCCAGAUGA